UCUUUUUGGCUGCAGGGGACGAGGGGACGGAGAAGGUCUCCUCUGCCUUGAUGAAUUGGCAGAAGGCACAAGGGGGGAAAAGGCUGGGUCCUUCUGCCCUAAUUGAAAGUCCUUCACUCUUUGUGCUGGACGCAUUUUGUUCCUCGGUUGAGUUCUGUAUUCCUGGCCAGGGCAAGCCUCCACUGUUUAGGCUGUGCCGCUUCCAGAGAUUGGCUUGGACUGCUUACCCAAUUUGCUUUAGUCAUUCCGUUUCUGGCAGGGGGCAUUUGAGAGAACUGCGCAUUCCGAGCUCCCAAAAAAAGUCCUUUUCUGCUCUUUUUAAAGGUCUGAGAGAGAUGGCCAAGGCCAACACCAUCAGACGGCUUUGGGAGGUGCUCUGGACUGCUGCCCUCACCCUCUCCGUCCAUCUGCAGGCAACCGCAGAACAGCUGCAAGAUGCUUACUUCCUGCCUGAAUUUGUCCUUUCCCCGCAAGGAAGCUUCUUAGAAGACACUGCAGGGGAGCAGUUCCUUACCUACCGCUUUGACGAUCAGACUUCAAGAAUCACCCAGCCAAAUGAAGAUAAAGAAAGUGGCUGGGAUGCCUGGGGAGCAUGGAGUGAUUGCUCACGCACCUGUGGAGGAGGUGCCUCCUAUUCACUACGGAGGUGUUUAAAUAGCAGAAACUGUCAAGGCAGAAAUAUCCGAUAUAAAACCUGCAGCAAUAAUGAUUGCCCCGCAGACUCUGGUGACUUCCGGGCCCAGCAAUGUUCAGCUUACAAUGAUGUCAAGUACCAAGGACAUUCUUAUGAAUGGACCCCCAUCUUUGAUGAUUCCAGCUCUCCGUGUGCCUUGAAGUGUCAAGCUUUGGGGAGAACUUUGAUCGUUGAGCUUGCUCCCAAAGUUCUGGAUGGCACCCGCUGCAAUGCCAAGUCCUUGGAUAUGUGCAUCAGUGGAAUAUGUCAGGCCGUAGGUUGUGAUCGACAGCUUGGGAGUCACGCCAAAGAAGACAACUGUGGGAUCUGCUCAGGGGAUGGUUCCACCUGCCGGCUGGUCAGAGGGCAAACCAAGACACACCUUUCCUCAGAAAAAAGGGAGGAAACAAUCAUUGCUGUUCCACAUGGAAGCCGCAGUGCAAGAAUUACUAUAAAAGGACCAGCACAACUUGUGAUUGAAUCAAAGACGCUGCAGGGAGAUACUGGAGAACACAGUUUCAAUGCACCUGGAAUGUACAUCAUUGAAAACACAACAGUUGAAUUUCAGAAGAGCCCCGAGAGAGAAAUGAUAAAAAUCCCAGGGCCUCUUGGAGCCGAUUUCAUUAUCAAGGCCAGAUAUGCUGCUGCCAGAGAUAGCACGGUUCAGUUCUUCUUCUAUCAACCCAUAAGUCACCAGUGGAGACAGACAGAAUUCUUCCCUUGCACAGUAACAUGCGGAGGAGGUUAUCAGCUGAACUCUGCCGAGUGCAUGGACGUCCGUUCGAAGCGGGUGGUACCCGAUCAGUAUUGCCAUUAUUAUCCUGAAAACAAGAAACCCAAACCGAAGCUGAAAGAAUGCAACAUGGAUCCCUGCCCUUCGAGUGAUGGAUUUAAGGAAAUCAUGCCCUAUGAUCAUUUCCAGCCACUUCCCCGCUGGGAGCACAAUCCUUGGACCACUUGCUCAGUUUCGUGCGGAGGAGGAAUUCAGAGGAGAAGUUUUGUCUGCGUGGAAGAAACCAUGCAUGGAGAGAUAUUGCAAGUAGACGAGUGGAAAUGUAUGUAUGCUCCUAAGCCCAGAAUCAUGCAAGGUUGCAACCUGUACGAUUGCCCUAAAUGGAUAGCUCUGGAAUGGUCCCAGUGCACCGUGACCUGUGGCCGAGGGUUACGCUACCGAGUAGUUCUGUGUAUCGAUCAUCGUGGACAACAUACCGGGGGUUGCAAUCCUCAACUAAAACUCCACAUAAAGGAAGAGUGUCUAGUGCCAGUCCCUUGUUAUAAACCCAAAGAGAAAGGCCCUGUUGAGGCCCGAGUGCCUUGGUUCAAGCAAGCCCAUGAAAUGGAAGAGACCAGGACCGUGUCUGAAGAACCCACGUUUAUCCCCGAGCCUUGGUCCCCUUGCAGUGCCUCUUGCGGCCACGGUACUCAGAUGCGCGAUGUCAAGUGCCGCAUUUAUCUUACGUUUACUCAGGCUGAGGUGGAGCUGCCUGACGAGGAGUGUGGCGAAGCCAAACCGUUGACCGAGCGGAGUUGCCACCUGGAACCGUGCGAGGCAGAUCCGGUCCCGUACACCUUGCCUUUCCCACCCUCCGAAGAGGCUGGUAAUGUUUUUUAUGACUGGGAAUACAUCGGCUUCACUCCCUGCUCAGCUACGUGCCUUGGAGGGACUCAAGAAGCCAUUGCUGUCUGCUUGCAUGAAGAGACAAAGCAAGUCGUCAAUGAUAGCCUGUGUGACAGUUCAAAGAGACCCCCGCCAAUGAGCCAUGUGUGCAACACAAGGCUUUGUCCCCCAAGAUGGCAAGUUGGACCUUGGAGACAAUGUACUGCCACUUGUGGCGUUGGCAUCCAGACGAGAGAGGUGCAUUGCCAGCAACCUGGAGGGUCCGUUGAUGGACUUGAGAGCUGCAAAGAGCCAAAGCCUCAUUCUUUGCAAGCAUGCAACCAGCUUGACUGCCCCCCACUUUGGCAUGUUGAAGAAUGGCAACAGUGCUCCCAGACUUGUGGCGGUGGCACCCAGAACGGCAAGGUGACCUGCCAGCAGCUGUUGAUGGAUGGAAGCUUCCUCAAACUCAGUCAUGAGAAGUGCCCUAAACCCAGAUUGCCCAGUUCCAGAGCCUGCGCAAAUAUUGACUGCCCUCCUCAGCUGGUGGUGGGGCCCUGGUCUAAGUGCUCUGUAAGCUGUGGGGUUGGCACACAAAGAAGGAAAGCCACCUGCCAAAAGCGCACGGCCAGCGGCCAACAUCUGGCAUUAAAUGGAUCCCUUUGCAGCGGCUUUCCAGCAUCCCAGCUUGUCAGGCCUUGCCACAGGAAUGCCUGCAGAGGUCUGAAAGAAGAAAAGAAAUCCAGACUUUUUGACAAACCACAGAUACUCAGCAUCCAUAAAGUCUAUAUUCAGACAAGGCAAGAGAAACGCAUUAAUUUCACAGUUGGAAGCCGAGCUUAUUUACUUCCCAAAACAUCUGUCAUCGUCAGGUGCCCUGUUCGGAGAUUCCAGAAGACGCUUAUCCAGUGGGAGAAAGAUGGGCAGCCACUCCAGAUUUCCAAACGUCUUGGCGUCACCAAAUCAGGGUCUCUCAAGAUCAGUAACCUUGAAACUUCGGAUAUCGGAGUGUAUAAGUGUGUUGCCGGAUCUGCCCAGGAGAUCUUUGUUCUUAAGCUCAUUGGCACAAGCAACAGGCUCCUGGAACCUGCCACCAGCAGAAAAGAGGCAGGUGAGACCACAGACCACAACGAAUCCAACAGCUUCGGAGCGAAAUGGCACCAGAUAAAUGAGAUGUGGCAGUUGUGGAGCCAGAAAAGUCAACAAUAUCUGCGCGACGAACAAGUGAACGACCAGCCUGCCUUGGAAAACCUGAAAACGCAGAGGAGGAGUUCCGAAGAAGGACACAAUGCUCACGAAUUCACCACUCAGCAACUCAACACUGUAGCUUUACCUAAUGCGUACAGUAUGGAUACGGACCAUUUUGAUGGGCUGAUAAAAAAUUUGAGCCACCUUAUCGAAGCUGGAGAAAUUAGCAAUGAUUUGGCUUCCCAGUUUGUCUAUCAACUGAUUGCUGAGUUAGCGAAACCAUCUCCGUCUGCUCACGAAAAGCAGAAAGAAUCUGAAAACGAGAAGUUCCCCGCCAGGAAAUUUGACAAAUCCCAAAGAGUGACGGAUAAUCUCAGCACAAAAACUGCAGGCACACCAGUAGCGAGAAACUCAAAAGGAGCUAUUAUUGUCAAGCCGCAGGAAGGGCCACAGGUUUACUCAAAUGACACUGUAACUCUGCAAUUUGAAGGUACUUUUCUUUUAACCAAGAAUGUCAGCACGAUAAAUUUGCUCUGUGCAACUGCCGGAGUUAGCAAUCUUAAAUAUACUUGGACCAAAGAUGGAAUGCCAUUGAAGCCUGUUGAGAAGGUGACUUUCGAAGCCAAUGGCAAAGUCCAGAUUUUGAACCCCACUGAGAACGAAAUGGGGGUGUAUCGUUGCACAGUGGACAAUGAACAUUUUCAAGACAUGGCACUGUCUUACGCAGAAGCUCCAGCUAUACUGUCAUCUGAAAGAAAUAUUGUCAGUUUUCAGCUUCGGAAUCUGUCUGUCCCUGUGGGAGGUACAAUCCUAGCCAGAAUGGGGACCAAUAUUCUGCUGGAAUGUCCUGUCAAAGGUAUUCCCCAACCUGAGGUCCUGUGGUUCAAAAACGAGAGCUCUCCAGGAAGAUCUGCUUUCCCUGUAGCUAACAGUUCCUUCUUGUUCCUGGGCAAUGUUUCGGGCAAAAAUACUGGCGUUUACACUUGUACGGCUACCAAUGCUCUGGGACAUGCUACAGCAGCCACCAUUCUUCAAUUGGCUGGGCGAAGAAAACCACACAAUGAAUCAUCUGCUAACAGUAAAAGAAAACGUGUUUUCAUGGCAUCUGCAAUUGGUACCAAAGUUACAGUGGCUGCUGGUGAUACAUUACGAAUAGGUUGUCCUGUCUAUCCUAGCACAAAUAACACAAUUCGCUGGUUUGCCAGAAACCAACCUGUAGAAGAGACUUCAGGGUUCAGGCACAAGACCCUGGUUGGGGGACGCAUCCUUGAAUUCAUCGUUGCCUCUGACCAGUUUGCUGGACAAUACAAGUGCUGGGCUUCAUCACAUAUCAAGCCAUUGUCUGUCUGGGUAAAUGUCCAGAAGGAAGAAUAUCACUGGAAGCUUGCUGAACAAAGUCCAUGCUCAACAGCUUGUGGAAAUUUGGGAACUCGCUUCUGGAAAUUUCUAUGUGUGAAUACGAAGGAUCAAAAUGUGAAUGCGUCACUAUGCAAGGACCAUCAAAAGCCAGUCGUAAACAACCCGCAGUCCUGCGAAAUUCAAGAUUGUCCAGCAAGGUGGGCAACUACAGCUUGGUCUGAAUGCUCUGCUUCCUGCGGCCAUGGAUUCCACCGCCGGCGAAUAACCUGCAAACAAGUCAAAGCCAACCGGCGUGUCUUAACUUUGCCUCCAGGCACUUGUGCUGACCAAGAGCGUCCUCUGGAAAUCAAACCUUGCGUGGGCCGUUUUUGUGCAGAAUGGAUGGUUCAUCCCUGGGGCCAAUGCACCGGACGUUGCAUCAAUCUCGGAGUGGGCCUACAACACCGUCGCAUUCAGUGUCAGCAUCAGAAUGGGUCAGCGGUCCUGAAUUCACUCUGCGAUAAUGAGAAAAGGCCGUCCGUUAGAAGAAACUGUUCUUCGGAAAGUUGCGAUGUACAUUGGCGAACGGGUCCCUGGCGCCGGUGCCCCGUAGACUGCGGAAGUGGCUUCCAGUCACGGCAAGUCAGCUGCGUACACAGGAAAAAGAAAAGAUUGGUGGCCGAUCAGUUCUGCGCCUGGAAGAAACGACCCACGACCUGGAAACACUGCAAUGUCACUUCUUGUGACAGUGUGUAAAAAAAAAUUAAAAUACACACUUUACCUCCGUUUCUCGCCUUGCCAGUUGCUUGUGGCAAAAAACUGCAUUUAGAACCUGGUGUGUGGCUGAACAUUAGCUGUAGAAGGAACUUGAUACAUCUGCGUUCUGCUGAACAGUGGCUGCAGUAAGCAGUGAAGAGGGAAAAAAGCCAAAGACCCCCCCCCCUCCACCCCCAAGUUAGCUCCAAACGGUGCUGUGGACUGGAUCAAUAUCUGUUAAAGUAUCCUGUUCACGAGUGAGCCUCCAGGAAAUCUGCCUGUUAAAUCCAGAGUCGUUUUGAAAAAGACACACGGGGCAAAGAGAGAGGGAGAGAGAGAGGAUAUUGAUGUUUUAUUUAGGUCUUACCUCUGUGUUUGCCAGACAGGAAAUGUCGGUCUUAGGACUUCAGCAUCCGAGAUCCUUUAUUGUGAUGACGUAAGCUUUUGUCCCUUUUUGUCACAUUUCCAUGUAUGUUUCAGAAGGCAACUGCAAGGACACCACUCACUACUGCACAUCAGUGAAGCAUCUAAAGCUAUCCUCGGGAGGCGUCUACAAGCAAAGGUGUUGCCAGUCGCGUGGAGAAAGUGAGUCUUUUAUGGGAAGCGAUGAAGGUUGCCCCACCAAGAGGAGAGUUUUCAUUCGGCUUAGUCUUGUCUUGUAGGACAGGGAAGACGAUCAACAAGGAAGCUAGCUGAAUUGAUAGCAUGAA